UACUGUCACACGAGUAAAAUGUGCUUAUCACAGCUCAUUCAUUCAUCAAUCUGCAUUUAUUUGGGAAAAUAGAAUACAUAAAUUCUAACUAACAAUAAGUUCGCUCAAAAUAAUAAGAUGGUGAAAGAAAUUGAGUCUGAAAUUGAUUGGUCUGAACCGUUGGAAAAUGUGCUUCCGGAUUUCAGUAAAUCCGGCCCAUUGGACGUUUACCGGAAGCAAUGUUCGUUUAAUUGGAGGGAAAUGGCUUCUACUCUGGACGAUGAGGAAGCAAUUCGAAUAAAGAACGGAUUAUGGAAAAAGAUGGAGCAAGAUCCCUUAUUUGCUCAUUCCCCUGUCGACUUAUCUUUGGAAGAACAUCGAAUAUCCACUUUGAAAAAAGUUUUCAGAUUUCAGGAGUUCAUUCCCAAAAAUAUUAACCCACGCUUGAAUGUUGAAAUUGCUACUGCGCUUGGUCAAUAUGACUGGAGCGUUUGUCUGAGAAGAGGAAUUUUGCUGGGAUUCUUCCCCAACGCUGUCAGAGGUUUGGGUACCGAGAAGCACAGGAAAUAUAUCAAUGCCGCUGAGAAACUUCAACUAACAGGUUGCAUUGCAAUGACCGAAAUUUCUCAUGGAACCAACACAAAAGCAUUCAGAACCAGGGCUACAUUUGACACACGGAAACAAAAGUUCAUUUUGCAUACUCCCGAUUUUGAGGCAGCAAAAUGUUGGUCUGCCAAUCUUGGUAAGACUGCAAAUUAUGCAUACAUCCUCGCCCAACUGUACACUCCGGACGGAGAAUGUCACGGUCUCCACGGCUUCGUCGUUCCCAUUCGGGACAAGCAGAUGAAUCCGCUCCCCGGAGUGACGAUAGGCGACAUGGGGGCCAAGAUCGGCCUCAACGGGUUGGAUAAUGGCUUCAUGAUGUUCGACAAUUACGAGCUGGACAUCGAGGGGCUGCUCGAUAAGACCGGCACAGUGACGCCGGAAGGAACCUACAUUUCUCCAAUCAAGGAUACCAAAAAACGCUUCAGCGCAUCGCUUGGGGUUCUUUCCGGUCCACGAUUCGGAAUCGUUGGUUUGGUCGUGGCCAAUGCAAGCAUUGCCAUUUCUAUCGCUAUUCGGUACAGCGCCGUGAGGCGACAAUUUGGACCGGAUGGAAGCCCAGAACUUCCCGUCAUUGAGUACCAGAUGCAGCAAUGCCGUUUGUUCCCACUUUUGGCUGGGUGUUACGUUUUCAAGUGCUUCAGUCGAUACUUGUUUGACACGUUGUUUGAAUUUAUACUCAGCCAGUUCAAUCCUGACAUUUCCGCUGAGGAGCGGGCAGUAAUGGGGGCAGAAUUGCAUGGUAUCAGCGCUGCCGCAAAACCAGUUGCAGGGUGGCUGGCACGAGAUACGGUGCAAGAAAGCAGAGAAGCCUGUGGGGGUCACGGGUACUUGAAAGCGGCAGGAAUUGGGAGGUUGAGAGAUGAUGGAGAUUCAUUUUUGACUUUCGAAGGGGAUAACAAUGUCCUUCUACAGCAAGCCAGUAACUGGCUCCUCAACGUAUGGGUGAAUACCAAGCGAGAAGAAAUGGCCACAAGUUCUCCCUUCGGUGCCAUCAAAUUCUUGAAGAAUGCGGACGCUCGACUAAAGAAGAAAUUUGUUUUCAAAUCGCGAGAACCUCGGGAAGAUUUCUUGCAGCCGGGAGCAAUUCUGAAAGCGUACAAAUGGCUGGUCUGCUACCUUCUCAAGUCAACAAGUGAAAAAUUCCAAGGGAUUCAAGCCUCCGGAGAAGACAAUUUCACGGCCAAGAACGACUCUCAAUUCUAUCACGCUCGAACUUUGUCCAUCGUUUUUGUCGAGAAUUAUGCUCUGGACGUCUUCUGGCACAAAUUUGCAAACAAUGAAGACAUUUCUUGGAAUAUUCGCUUAGUGUUGAAAAAACUAAUGUUGAUUUACGGCUUGUCCUGUUUGGAGAGGCACGCAGGAAUUUUGUAUGCGGGUGGCUACUUCUCAGGGCCCAAACCCGGCAGGUACAUCCGGGAGAAUAUUAUCCAGCUUUGUAAGGAAUUGAAAGCUGAAGCGAUUUCCUUAGUAGAUGCGCUCGCACCUACGGAUUUUAUUCUGAAUUCGUGCCUGGGUGCGAGCGAUGGUCAAGUUUAUAAGCACUUGGAAAAUGCAAUGAAACAGACGCCUGGUUGCUUUGAAAAGUCUAAAGACUGGGUAGACAUCUCCAAAAGCCUGUAUUCCAAGUUGUAACGGGAAAUAGUACCUAUUUGCAUAUUUGUUCAGUGAGCCUAUGAAAUAAAUAUCUCCUAAACUUAUCGAA